AUGGCUGGUAUGACAGAUUCUCAGGUUAUACAGUAUGCUACACAGAUGAGGGAUCUACUCAUCUCCCAUGAAAAGGCCAACUCACAGAUAGCUGCUCUAGAGUCCUACAUCCAGCGCCAGAGCCAACAGACCCUCAGAUCCACACUACAAGAUUCAAAGACCAUGACAUUCCAUCAUCUAACCAAGAAGUCUGUGGCCAACGGCAUCAAAAGGGUCUACCAACAAGUCUCAACCAACAAGUGGAAGAAGGUCACAGACUUAUCUGCCCUUGUCAUCCAACAGCUUGACCAACAGCCAGAACUUCCCACCUCCACCACUAGUGCAGGAAGGUCAGCAGAGAUGGACGAGAUGGCUCCCCUCACCACCCAGAGUUUCUGCCAGCUGUACAGGAGUGCUUGAAGAUGUAGUGAUUUGUGAUGUGUGUUGAUGAAGUGCUCAAGCGGAAGAUGUACA